AUGAGUCGAAUGCUAUUUGGACAACUUUGGAUGGCUGUGCAAUGCCUCCUGCUCAAAGUAUUCUCUCACAUGAGAUGGUGUUCGCCCGUGUGGUUCGGCCCAGAAGCCUUGCAAAGAGACCUGGACAAAUGCAUAUCGAACCCUGGUAUGUAUAAAUCAGACGUUUUGCGAUCGUUUAUGACGUGCCGUCACUGGAGCUUGGACAGACAUUCUCAAGGAAAAUCUCUGACAUGGCGUGAUGUGCUUAGCGCUGCAUGUCCGUCUCAAGAUCCAGUCUUUCAGCGUGCCACGAAACAGGCUGCUUCACAACUAGAAUCGUUGUACGGCGCUCAUCUGUACGAAGCUCGUCUCGAGAAACGCACGUGGACAAUUGAAGAGCCUAUUUCUAUGGAUCAUCGCGCAUCUUUGCUUCACAAAGCUCGAGCCUCGCUGGCACCGUACAAUCCAUUAGAACACAUAUCUGACGUGUUACAUGCUCCAGCCAUGUUAGCGCCUUUACAUGAGACGUCCUCACAAGUCUCUAACUUUGGUUCCAAUUCAUUACUGGCACGGGCAGAGGCUGCGUUUAUGUGGGAGAGUGAUGAAGACGCUGCGUCCGACUCGGGGACCGUAUCUAUCACGGAUGACUCUGAGCUGGAAGGCUUCGGAGAUGAUCAAGACAAUACGACGGACGGGUAUGAUGGUGGGGACAGCGUUGACUCAGCGGAUGGAACACUGGAUCAAGAUCCGAGUGAUAGCAAUGAAAGCUCAACUACUAGUCAUCCAAGUGAUGAAACUGGAUCAUCAACGGACAUUGCUGAUCAAAGGACUUCUUUAUCAACUUCAUCUCUUGCCCCGGCUUCAUCGCAGCCUACAUCCCAAACUAAUGAGUCCAAACGCAAUUCGUCCCAAUCGCGUCGACCUAAGACUGCGUAUCCUGAUUUCUUACCUCCGUCAAAACGUGUACGUCGUGGAUUUUAG